AUGAAGCAUGGCAGCGUUUACUUUGGUGGCCUAUCGCGUGGUGACACGCCUCCCAAAGAGAUCCCCACACUGGGAGCCGCUGGUGGGAGACCGAAGCUGUCUGAGAUGACAAUGAAAGAGAUGGAGAAGGGCUGUCCGUAUGCCAGAGAUGAAUAUUCCAGGUGUCCUGCCCGACAUGAAGGAAUGACGCUGGAUGUGAUCAAGAAAUCAGAUGUGCCACCUGGCCCUUUGCGGUUCCACAAGGACUAUGAUCGUUCCUUGCUGACGGAGGACUUGGAUCGUGCGCAGCCGUUGCUGUCCCAUCCCACCAGCCACACAGGCGCUCCAAUCCCCUGGAAGGACAUCCGGAGGGAAGAGCCUGAAGAGGUUCCAAAGAGUCGUUCCAAAGAGCUGUAUCCGCCCAUCAAGCAGAAGCGGAGGCCGCAGGACAUGUCCUUGCGACGCUUGGAGAAAGAUCUGAGAGGAACCUCCGACAUCGACUAUGCGCAACCCAAAAAGCCCAUCGUCCGUGAGCGUCGGCGCUCCAAUUGCAUCGUGGACCUUCUGACGCAGAGCUAUCAGUUCACCUCUUCGGAAGUUCCUCCGCAGCCGGUCUUUCGGUCCUCGGGCCGGUCCACCAUGGACGCCUCUGACAUUGAUGGCACGCAGUCACAUCCGCUUCCAGCGUACAGCGUGGAUGGAAACCCCUUGAAGUUGGAAGACGAGUUCCGCAACCCGCGCCACUCGGCGGUCCUGGCCGCGGCCAAAGCCAGCCUGGUGCCGGCCACGCCGCGCUGCGACGACGGCAUGUCCGUGGCGGAGCCAACGCCGCGACGCACUGAUGGGCAGCCCGUCACGCAUCGGCUAGGACAGCCUUUGAGCCCCCGCUAUCACCUCCCCGUGGCUGACGGCGGCCCCACCUCCCUGCACUGCCGCUACCAAUGCGAGCGGCGAGAGAUGGGCGAUGCACCGCCCCGGACGCGCUGUGAAGAGGUGGGCUACAUUGACCGGAGCAAGCCUCAGACGCAGAUUCGAGACAAUGGGGAGGUGCAGUUCAACCUCUACACGGACGACCUGCCCGGAGCAAAGCCCAUGCGCCGGGUGGGUGGUUUACCUUACCACCUUUACGGCCCUCCGGGCAACCGGCCACAGAGCAACUCCUUGCAGAAUGCGGACAUCGAAGGUGCUCAGGCGGACACCAGGCUCACUGCGGAAGUGAAACAUGACCUGGCAGCUGUGUUGGAGGAGAAGGACCUGCUGCGUGGAGGACGUCAGAUGCAUGGGGUGAACCUGGAGGCCAGAAUGCUGGCCUUGCAAGACACCUCCACAACCAGCGGAGUCCUUCACAGUGUUCGGGAACGAGUUCUGAAGGCAUGGAGGGAGCAUGGCUGGUUGGUGAUGGCUCCACCCAUUUUCUUCGGAAGCAAUGCGAAGUUUAAGGCUUCAGCACAGCUGCAGGGCCUCGCGCAGCUGCGGAAGGUCGAAGCUGGAAAGUCACAAAGGGACUGGGAGCAACUUGCCAUUGACAUUGGCACACGAUGGGAUAUUGGGAGGCAGUCUCUGAGCAUCCUGCUCUCUUGGGCUUUUCCGGAGCUCUUAGCGGAGGCCGUGCCUCCAAAGGAAGAUGCGCCCAGACAGCGCGGGCGACCAUACAAGCUCCACUGCGGCUCUGAAGUCUUCCUUGACAAGCAGGAUCCCCUGGCGGAGCAGGAGCGGCUCAUCGUGGCUUCCGCCACGGGCGGCAAGGCCAAAUGGGUUUUUUGGGCCAUGGCGGCGGACGUGAAGUUGUUGGAGGACUAUGGCAUUGAUGUGAACGCACCACUGGAGCAUAAGGCGGCGGGGCUGAUUUGUCAUUCGGCCGCCUUUGGAUCAAGCCCCGAUAGCGUAGCAUUCUUCGUUUCACGGAGCUCCAAACAGAUGGACGCGGAGUCCGGAUGGAGCCAGAAAACCCUGCUGGAUCGGGCCGAAACCCCGCGAAAGCCCGGACAGAAUGAGAUGGAUGCAGAGGAAUGGACAGCAAAAGUUCAUAUUGUUGUGAUUGGUGUGGGCUAUCUCUUUCCGAUUGCAGCCAUUUGGGCAGCCUUCGAUUACUGGAAGGAGCUCUUCCCAGAUCAAAACGUGGAGUUUGCUGUGACCGCUUUUUACCAGGUGGGUUCCAUCGUCACGGUGGGCGCCCUGUCGCUCAUCGACUCCUUUAGCUUUGGGCCUCGCAUCCUGGGCGGCUUCCUGGGGCAGCUGCUGUGUUUGGCCGCCAUUCUGGACUUCAGGUGGCUACCUGUACCAUCCUCAGUCCUGUACCAGCUCCUUCUGCUGGUGGUGCUACUUUGCUCUGUGGCCACGGGAUUUUUAGACUCGGCACUUCUGUCUUUGUGUUCACAGUACAGCUCCAACAUGCAAGGCUACUUGCAAAUCGGCCUUGGUUUUGGCACGUUGGUCUCUGUGAUCUACCGUGAUGGGACCAAGCUGUUCAUGUCGCGAGAUGUGGAGGACUCUACCUGCGCGUUUUUUGUUAUUGCGCUCCUCACGGUGCUUCUGUGCAUCUCUUCCUACCUGCAUCUCAUGUCACUGCCUGCCUCCAAGCACCUGAAUGAUAGCAGUGAUGUCCUCCAGGCCGCGGCAACUUCCUAUGGCACCUUAUCCAGUCCAAGUGCUGGGAGAAACACCAGCCUCAGCGCAGUCCUUCAGAUCGUUUGGUUCAACCAGCUCAUGAUCUUUGCCAACUUUAUCUUGACGACCAUCUGCUAUCCUGCUCUCAUUACUGCCAUUCCCUGUCGACAGAUGCAAUCUUUGUUCGUCUUUGCCCUGAUCCAACUCAUCAAGUUGGUACACCGACGCCGGCAUCACAAGUUAGCCAUUGCUUCAUCAACGACGACACGUCUUUCAAGGAUAUUUCAGCUCGUUUCGUGACCCACAUUCGCUUCGGACUUCACCACGGCAACAUCCAAUGGACGGUGAUCAUUCGCGCCUUGCUGCUGCCACUGAUGAUCUUUUGCGCAGCUUCACAGAUUGGCAACGACGUGCUCUCCAUGGCUGCUGUAGCAUGUUUUGGAUUUUUGAAUGGCUACUGUGCAUCCUUAUGCCUCAUCGUGGUCAACGAGAUUCCAGACCUCUCCGCUGAGCAGCGAAAGACCUGUGGGCGCAUCUCUGCUGUUUCAGUGAACUGUGGCCUGUGUGUCGGUUCACUGGCAGCAAUUGCCCUUGGAAAUCGCCUGAAGUUGAGUUGAAGUUGAUGACGCUUAAGGUCAGGGUGGUGUUCAUUUUGUGUUGAUCUGGCGCUUCUAGGGGUGUUGACCCAUAGAGGGACAAUCCGCAUUGAAACUUCCAUCGUUUCAGCGUGAGAAAA